AUGCGGACGACGCGCCCUUCACGCAGAUCAAAGGAUGCAACUGAAAACUCCGAAGAGGCCGUUAGGGCAACGCUGCAGUUUGUUGAGCGGCUGCUCAGUCGGAUCGACAAGGACGCGCUUCUCUUUCCAGCAGGGACGUUUUACGGCCCAGGCGGAGUUCGAGCGGACCCGCUUGCUCUGGAAAGACACUCACCGACCGCACGCACGGUGGCAGCGGUCCCAAGUCGGGAAGCACCGGCGCUUGCACGGCCCUGCAAACUGGAAAACUGCACUGACUCGAAACUGAAGAAGAGCCUGGUCCUGUAUUUUGAAACGCACGCUACCAUUGCCGUUAGACUAUGGUUCUUAUACCGCAGUCUCACCGAGGCGGAGCGCUGGCAGUAUGCGGAGCCGUCAACAACGGAGGCGUUCGAACAAGCUGCUGCAGCGCCCGCUGCGCAGAUGAGCCAUCCACCAGCCGCCACGAACGAGGCAGAAAUUCGAAAAAUACCCGAGCCUUUUGUGAGCAAAGAAAGCUCCCAGCCAAACGAAGCUACCCAAAGGCGCAGCACCUCUGGUCCAUGCGAUGUGCACCAGUUGGCGCGGCUAUAUGAAAUAGCCCAGUGCUGGAGCGCGGUUUGCCCGAGACUCUACGUCCUUUCAACCGUAGCCGGUGCUCUGAUUGCAUGUCACCCUUCUCGAAGGGAUGAAAUCGCUCAGGAUUUGCUUGAAAUGCUGGCUGGCGUUCAGCACCCGCUGCUGAGUCUGCCGCUGCGUACCUUUGUCGCCAAGCUGCUUGUGGAUGCCUGGAAGCCACAAGAAGGGGCAACGGAUCUCGAAACAGAGCAUCUUGUGGACCAUCUCAUGGACAAUUGGGAGAACAUGGUGGACGCGUUGAUGCGCGUACCCAGCUACGGUUUCGAGCUGCGUCCGCUCUCGUCGAGUUCAGCUCGAAACGAUCUCGCUGCAUGUCGCUGGGUGCUGGCAGAGCAGCUCAGUAUUCUGCUUGGUUCACAGUUUACAGUGCUAGCGAGGACUGCAUUCGUGAAGGGUGCCAUAUUCCGCGAAAAAAUGCUUCCUAUGCUAUCGCAGCGCAUUCUUCGCAUCGCUGAAGCGCCCCUUCAAGAAUACCUGCUCGAAUGCUUGAUCCAGGCGUUUCCAGAGGAAUUCCUCGCUUUCGCCGCCCAGCACUACCUUGACAUGAUUCAGCGUACUCGGGUCGGGGUUCGUCACGCACGUCUCCUGGCUCGUUUCUGGGAACGUCUUCAUCGCUGGUUGCAGCGGUCACCGGCGUGGACGCAAGCUGUCCAGGACCUGCCGCUGGUUGUUUGCGGCAUCGAGGCAUUGACCUGGGCGUCGCCCGUUCGGACUCCAUUCGAAUCCGUUGACCGUCUGGACGCAUGCGAGAUGCUCAUAGAACUCGCCCUGAAAAUGGGUGGUAUUCAUCAUACGAGCUUGAACGAGCUCCUGACACUCUAUCUUCGGGCCUGGAAACGUGCAUAUGCCGACUUGUGUCCGAAGAGUCCAGUCUCUGCGAGAUAUCUGGUGCCUCCGACAACAACGACUUUGGUGUCGCUUCCGGGAGCGAGGUCUGCAUGUGAGCUGACGCCGUCGCAGUGCCCCUGCGAACUUCAUUCGCCAUGUUCACCGGAUAUGGAAGAGCGCGUGGAUCUGGGGGGAAUAUUCGCGCCCUGUGCCCGUUCGACAGAGGCAAGCUCGUGCACCACUGAACAAGCUUAUCUGGGCGCCGCGAGACUCGUGCGGCUCUGCAAACGUCUCGUGCGUGCCGCUGGGUGCUGGUCAGACUUGCUCAUGGUGCCAGCGUUCAACGAUUUGUUGACGCUAUUGCCGAUGGAUGAUCGGCGUCGCCUCGCUCGCCAGCUUGCGCUUUGGAUCGUUCUGGAUCGGCCAUCGUCAGCCACGGUGUUGCGUCCUGAGCUUUGCCUUCGCCGCACGAAUGCAGAGGCGCUGAAGAUUUCACGGCACUAUGCAUCGAUUCUGAUAUGGCUUGAUGCACUUGUGCGCGGGGCAAAAGCACUGGAAACCGAUGAGGAAAUCGGGUACCAAGAGGCUAGUCAACACUCAACGAAAGCAGCGCGACAGCAAACCGCGCACGACCUUGACGUUGACGCCGCCGGUUGUCUGCGAAGCAUGCCCGAACCGACCACCGAUGAUGCUCUCUAUGAUGUCAUGCUCUGCAGCUGUGUGGUGGGAAAAUUCACCUGGAACGACAUACCCCUUCUUGACCAGCUCAUGAACUGGGUCCUGGGGACACCAGCUGCUGCGAGACGCCAACUGCUACCAACCUGCGCAAGUACAGUCAUGAGGCUGCUCGCGGAGCAGGCAUCCGCGUCAGAAUUCUUACGCACCCAGCUAUGGGAACGAAUGCACGCGAUGCUUGCAAAUCUGGCACAGAUUGAAAGCGCACAAGCUGCAGUGCUAUCGAUAGAUGCAGCACUACUGGCUGAUCAGGUGGCAGUGGAUUCACCGGCACUCGUGAGAAACCUCCUCGUCCAAGCGCUGGUGAUACUGGAAGAGGACCGCUUAAGUGCCCGCGCCUAUCGCACGAUUCUCCUCCGCGUCAUCGAUGCGUUGCGCGUUCUCGAGCGGCUCGAGUACGAUGCGCUUCUGCGACUCGCCAGCCAGGUAGCGCAUCAGGCAGAGUCGUGCUGGGUACCCGUCGAUCGUUGUCAGGCGCUCUGUGCGGUUGCGAAUCUCUACGCCUGCAUCGCUGCAGCGCACGAACAAUCGACAAGUGCACCCAUGCUGCAAGCGGGUACGCAAGCACUUCAGUGCUGGAAACGUGCGCUCGUCAUCGCUAUGGAAGCGUGCGGCGUUUCUGAACGUGCGCAUUUGUUGCUCGAUGUUUACCGUGCUGGUCGACAAUUAACUGUAACGGUUUGCGCGUCUGGUUUUCCUGACUCGUUCCGGGAUGAACUAGACGCGACAUGUUUCGAAUGCGUAGCCAGCGUGCAACAGAUCAUUCGGCAGUUCGGUUGGAGCCACCACGCGGAGCAUUUGCAUCUCGCGUGGGCCCGACUUGUUCGACUUGCCGCGUCUCGUGAGGUCCCUCGUUAA